AUUUUUCUAGAUGGUUGGGUUGCCUCGGUUUUUAUACCCGUGGCUUAUUAGUGAACUGAACCAACAAAUCUGUGUGGAGAGAAACACGAACCACGAACGUUUUAUAUCGCCGAUCUUGCUCAACUUUCCACGUGAACGAGGUGAAGAGAUGUCGGACGAAAAGGAGAAGGACGAAGAAAAGCCUGUGGUGCCAAAGACGGCCGUGGAUCUGCAAAGAUUAAAACUAAUGAAGCUAAUGAAGAACGCGGUAAAUGAUAAGCCGGUUAUGCUACCGGAACGUCCGAAGGCCAAGAAUACACCCUCCGUACCGGAAUUCGUUCGUAACGUGAUGGGUAGCAGUGCUGGAGCAGGCAGUGGAGAGUUUCAUGUGUACAGGCAUCUACGACGUAAAGAAUACGCCCGACAAAAAUUCAUUCAGGAGAAAGCACACAAGGAACAUUUGGAUGACGAAUAUCAUCAGAAGCUAGAAGAGUACAAGAGAUUGUCAGAGGAGGCAACGGCAAAGAAACGUGCUAAGAGAUUGAAAAAGAAGCAGCUACGUAAGCUGAAGAAACGUAUGAAAGCUAAGAAGGAGGACAACGCCGUCGUGGACGAGAAGCAUAGUGAGAGCGACAGUUCGGAUGAGGAUGAAACUAAGGCUGUGGAAAGCAGUGAAGUGACUGAAGAAAAUGACAGUUGUCCCAAAAACAUAUCUACAACUUCUACAAGUGAAAGUGAGGUAAAGGCAACGGAGAUGGAAUCGUCGUUACCUGUGGAAGAGAGUCAAGAUGAUACAUUAAAGGCACCAUCUGAGGUAUCAAGUGAAAAUAUUCAAUGUGAAAGCGGCACUUGACAUGUCUCUUGUUGAAAUGAAGAUUAUGUAAUAUGUAUAGUCAAUGUAUUAUUUAUCAGUUUACUCAUCCGUGAUUAGAAUUAUAUAUUGUGCUAUAUUAUGUACAAUUAUAUAUAUGUAUAGUGAAAAGUCUCACACAUGUGUUUUUAUCUAUGAACAAU